CCCGUCGUCGAAAAGUUGUAGUUAGUUCCCAGCGAGUGAUAUUGUGAUCAAGUAUAAUUGCGCUUCAAGUACCGCAUCGAGAUGCAGAUCUUUGUGAAGACUCUCACAGGCAAGACCAUCACACUCGAGGUCGAGCCCUCAGAUACCAUUGAAAAUGUGAAGGCCAAGAUCCAGGACAAGGAGGGUAUCCCCCCAGAUCAGCAGAGGUUGAUCUUCGCAGGCAAGCAGCUUGAGGACGGACGCACUCUGUCCGACUACAACAUCCAGAAGGAGUCUACUCUCCACUUGGUCCUCAGACUCAGGGGUGGUAUGCAGAUCUUCGUCAAGACCCUCACAGGCAAGACCAUCACCCUGGAGGUCGAGCCCUCAGACACCAUUGAGAAUGUGAAGGCCAAAAUCCAGGACAAGGAAGGCAUUCCCCCAGACCAACAGCGCCUCAUCUUCGCUGGCAAGCAGUUGGAGGAUGGUCGCACUCUCUCAGACUACAACAUUCAGAAGGAGUCCACACUCCACCUUGUCCUCAGACUUCGUGGUGGUAUGCAGAUCUUCGUCAAAACCCUAACAGGCAAGACCAUCACAUUGGAGGUUGAACCCUCUGACACAAUUGAAAAUGUGAAGGCCAAGAUCCAAGACAAGGAAGGCAUUCCCCCAGACCAACAGCGUCUCAUUUUCGCUGGCAAGCAGCUGGAAGAUGGUCGCACCCUGUCAGACUACAACAUUCAGAAAGAGUCUACCCUCCACUUGGUUUUGAGACUGCGAGGUGGUAUGCAGAUCUUCGUGAAGACCCUCACUGGCAAGACCAUCACCCUGGAGGUUGAGCCCUCUGACACCAUUGAAAAUGUAAAGGCCAAGAUCCAGGACAAGGAAGGCAUUCCCCCAGACCAACAGCGUCUUAUUUUCGCUGGCAAGCAGCUGGAAGAUGGUCGCACUCUCUCUGACUACAACAUCCAGAAGGAAUCUACCCUCCACUUGGUCCUCAGACUUCGUGGUGGUAUGCAGAUUUUCGUGAAGACCCUUACUGGAAAGACCAUCACUUUAGAAGUUGAACCUUCAGAUACAAUUGAGAAUGUAAAAGCCAAAAUCCAGGACAAGGAAGGUAUUCCCCCAGACCAGCAGCGUCUUAUUUUCGCUGGUAAACAACUAGAAGAUGGCCGAACCCUGUCAGAUUACAACAUCCAGAAGGAAUCUACCCUCCACUUGGUCCUCAGACUUCGUGGUGGUAUGCAGAUUUUCGUGAAGACCCUUACUGGCAAGACCAUCACCCUGGAGGUUGAGCCCUCUGACACCAUUGAGAAUGUAAAGGCCAAGAUCCAGGACAAGGAAGGUAUUCCCCCAGACCAACAGCGUCUUAUUUUCGCUGGUAAGCAGCUUGAGGAUGGUCGUACCCUUUCUGACUACAACAUCCAGAAGGAAUCUACCCUCCACUUGGUUUUGAGACUGCGAGGUGGUAUGCAGAUCUUCGUGAAGACCCUCACUGGCAAGACCAUCACUCUGGAAGUUGAACCCUCUGACACCAUUGAGAAUGUAAAGGCAAAGAUCCAGGACAAGGAAGGUAUUCCUCCAGACCAGCAGCGUCUCAUCUUUGCAGGCAAGCAGUUGGAAGAUGGCAGAACCUUGUCAGAUUACAACAUCCAGAAGGAGUCCACUCUCCACUUGGUCCUCAGACUUCGUGGUGGUAUGCAGAUCUUCGUGAAGACCCUCACUGGCAAGACCAUCACCCUGGAAGUUGAGCCCUCAGACACAAUUGAAAAUGUAAAGGCCAAGAUCCAGGACAAGGAAGGCAUUCCCCCAGACCAACAGCGUCUUAUUUUCGCUGGCAAGCAGCUGGAAGAUGGCCGUACCCUUUCUGACUACAACAUCCAGAAAGAAUCCACUCUCCACCUUGUCCUCAGACUGCGAGGUGGUAUGCAGAUCUUCGUGAAGACCCUCACUGGAAAGACCAUCACCCUGGAAGUUGAGCCCUCAGACACAAUUGAAAAUGUAAAAGCCAAGAUCCAGGACAAGGAAGGUAUUCCUCCAGACCAACAGCGUCUCAUCUUUGCAGGCAAGCAGUUGGAAGAUGGUCGCACUCUCUCUGACUACAACAUCCAGAAGGAAUCUACCCUUCACUUGGUACUCAGACUGCGAGGUGGUAUGCAGAUCUUCGUGAAGACUCUCACUGGAAAGACCAUCACUCUGGAAGUUGAACCUUCUGACACCAUUGAGAAUGUAAAGGCCAAGAUCCAGGACAAGGAAGGCAUUCCCCCAGACCAACAGCGUCUCAUUUUUGCCGGCAAACAGUUGGAGGAUGGUCGCACCCUGUCAGACUACAACAUUCAAAAGGAAUCUACCCUUCACUUGGUACUCCGACUUCGUGGUGGUAUGCAGAUCUUCGUCAAAACCCUCACUGGCAAGACCAUCACCCUGGAAGUUGAGCCCUCAGAUACUAUUGAGAACGUAAAGGCCAAGAUCCAGGAUAAGGAAGGUAUUCCCCCAGACCAGCAGAGGUUGAUCUUUGCAGGCAAGCAGCUUGAGGACGGACGUACUCUCUCUGACUACAACAUUCAGAAGGAAUCUACUCUCCACUUGGUCCUCAGACUCAGGGGUGGCCAGUGAAUAUUCCAUUGUGAUCAGUUUCCAAAGAUUUCCUGUCAACUACGCUUAUUGCAAAAUAUGUAAUUGCACAUUAUUCCUUUCCAGUGUAUGUGGAAAUUAUAUGAACAUGAUUUUAUUUCAAAUGCACAUCAAUAUUAUUUUUUACUUUUUAUAAUGUGCUAGCAGAACCAAAUAAAAACUUUAUUUGAUA